AUUGAUGGCAAUGGACAGAUAGAUAGACACCCAUCAGAAGAUAUAAUUACUGUCACUAUCGAUACUCUUUUAAUUAGAAAAAAUAUUUUGCAUAGCGAUCUAAUCACAUUAUGAAGUCAGAUAAUCAAAAAAUACUUUGUGUUAUUGUAUAGGAUAGCAUGGUAUUUAAUGUUCAUGUAAAACCCAGAAAUGGCCAUUAAAGUUGCAUUUGAAAUAAUUAAGAUCGUGUUGGCGCUGUUCAAUCAUUCGGUGUAGUUAGAGGGAUGUGUGAAUAGUUACUAGAGACUCAGGGUAAUCGCAAAUUCGCUACACACAAGACUUGGAAGACAACUCUAGUGCGGACCAAACACAAAUCACAAGUCACAUUGGACAACAGUCAUAACUAACGCUUCUUUAAGACAAUCAUGGCUUUUACAAAUAUGACCAUGAUGUUUACAAGUAUGUCGCAUGCUAUAAUCACCGUAACGUCUGACAGAGUAUCGGAUGAUGUCACACAAGAUAUGAACAACGCUACUGCAGCAAUCGCUGUCAUGAAAGCUACAAGUACUCCCGAGUCUGAAAAUGAGAUGAUUGCAAUUAUACGAAAAGAAGAUUAUACUGAGUAUAAAAUUGGACAGAUUCUUCUCACCUAUGUACUGUUUGGAAUCAUGGUCUUCGGUCUUGUAGGCAAUACUACGUCGAUUGUGGUAUUACGGUGUUCAAGUAUGUUCUUGAAUCCAUCAAGCGUUUACCUUAUAGCAUUGGCGAUUUCUGAUACAUUUGCGUUGAUAUUAGGAGGUGGUCGAGUUUGGCUUAUAAGGGCUUGGGGCAUAAAUAUACGUGCGACCCAUGAAUGGGUAUGUAAAUUACAUCAUUUUUCAAUCUAUACCCUGCUGGAUUUCUCCGCCUGGUUGUUGGUUGCACUUAGCGUGGACCGCGUUAUCACAGUGUAUAUGCCGCUACGGGCCAAGUUGGUGUGCACGAGGAUACGGGCAGUUAUUGUGUCGCUGUGUAUCCUAAUCACACUUAUGCUUAUCAACGGACAUUACCUGUUUACAGUUGGCUACUUCAUCAAGAUAGACAACGGUAGGGUCAGAUUUGAGGGUAACUGUUACUUCGUGGACGGUACAAAGACAUUUCAUACAAAGUAUUGGUUUUGGAUUGAUGCAUUUGUCGCUUCUUUGGUCCCCUUCUCUCUUCUUACGAUUUCGAAUGUAAUGAUUAUUAUCCAACUCAUCAGGGCAUCUCAACGUCGCAGACAAACCAUGCAGGCUGUGUCAAGCUCGUCAUCUGAUAACCAAACCCGCUCUCUUACGAUAAUGCUGAUUUGCCUAUCAAUAACUUUCCUCAUCCUAACAGGCCCGGUUGUUGUGCAUUUUAUCGUAGAUAAAUCGCUUAAUGGCCCAGCUGGACCCCACGAACGUGCCAAAACUCAUCUGAACAGUGCGAUAGUCUUCUGUCUGAUGUAUACAAACAACGCUAUCAAUUUUAUUCUUUACUGUGUAAGUGGUAAGAAGUUUCGCUCUUCGCUGGUGGAUGUGUUCUGCGGAUCGAGACGGAGAAGAAACCUUCUUAAGGACUACAGAGCAUCACUCGCGACAUCCAGGUCAGCAUUGUCCACGUCCGAUGUGAGCCAGACAACAUAAACGCAAGAAAUGUGGGGGGACUUUCGGGUGUACGGACAUAGUAUCUGAUAUCAUUGCAAGUGAAAACCUUCACUACUUUGCGGACUUUGAGCGAAAUUGCGUUAACAUUUUGCACCUUUAUCAUAUGGUAUAAAUAGUUACUUAUAGUCAAUCCAGAUAUUCAUUUAGAUUUCAAAUAGAUUAUCAGGGAAUUGAACAUUUUUUCUUAGUCACGGAGCAGGUGCAUGUAUUGUAUUUUCUCCAGUGCAACACAGUACACUUGGUACGCCACCUUUUUAGGACACACAAAUCAUAUAAGCUAUGUUAAUUAAUAUGUAGUUUUGUAACACGAUUUUCUUCUAAUUAAUUUACCUACAAUUGAGGUCAAUUGGUAGUAACACCCCAGUCACAUUUCCCACGGCCGCCAUGCGGUCUAUCAUUUCUCCGGCCAGUAGCUUUUCUACGCUCGCCGUAGAAUUUCUGCGCUCUCAUACUUUUGCAGUCACAUUUCCCACGGCAGCCGCACGGUGAAUUUUAAAUUUCUGUUGAUAAAUAAUAUUUUUUCAUUUGAUUUACUUCAAGACAAUUUAUAAAAUGUUAUUCAUAGUGCUGGAUGUAAUAUCAAAUGAAAAGUGAUCGUGAAACAUUGACAAAUAAUGAUUCAAUCUUGUUGAGCCAGUUGAUUUCUACGGGGGCCUCAGAAAUGAACAAAUAUUAUAACUCCGAGUUAUAAUUUCUACGGCGACCCUGCGGCCUGUAAAAAACUGG